AUGAACGGCAGCCUCUUUACCCCAGAUGACCCCGACAUCUGUCGCAUGGAGCCUGGCCCGUCCACCGACCGUCUGUGGGACGACAUACUGUACAAUCGCUACGUCCCUCUCAAAGCGGAAGAGAUCCGGGCAAUGGGAAAAGAUCCCUCAAUGUACGCCAAACUCAAACCAUACGAUCAUCCAACACGUGGCGUCCCAGCGGAUACGGAGAACGACCCGCGCUACUUCGGCCAGCUGGACGUCUUCCACAAGUUACACUGCCUGAACGAGCUGCGCAAAGGCACUUUUGAGCAAUACUGGGGCCCGCGGUACGAGAACCGCACUCGCCUUCAUUGGCAGCACAAAGCACACUGUGUCUCCAUGCUGUUCCAAGACCUCAAGUGCAACGCCAACGGCGAUCUCGUCCCGGCGUACUGGCUACGCCUCGGCAAUGGCCUCAUGCACGACUUUAGCAUCAACCGGAAGUGCGCGAAUUGGGAUGCGGUCGUGGCGUGGAGGAAUGAGUAUGCCUUGUCCAUUGACGAGUAUGAGACGUGGGGCGCAGACUUGAUUGCGAAGCCCAAAGACGGCGACGAGGGUAUCAAUGAGAAUCCAGAGGGGUACUUCCGAAUUUUUGGGGAAGAUGGAAUGGAUGUGGAGAGGAAUAAAUGGAACGUGCAGAUUAGUGAUGAGGAGGUUGCACAGAGAGUAUUGCAGCCAUUAUAG